AUGGAGAAGCCACAGAGCAAGGUGCUGCUCUUGGGCGAUCCGGGCGUAGGCAAGACCAGCCUCGCCAUUCAGCUGGCCCACAACGCCUUCCUUGAGAUCGAGUCGCCCGACGGCAAGUAUGAAUAUCACCGCAUGGUGGAUGGCCAGUACCGCGUCGUGCACCUCUUUGACAAUGUGCAGACCGAGGACUGGGGCUGGAGCGACCAGAUCAUUCGGGAGUGCACGGCCUUUCUCCUGGUCUAUUCCAUCACGUCGCGUUCCUCGUUCGACUCACUUGCCGCCUGGGUAGACCGCAUCGUGCGAGGCAAGGGAGAGCCCACAGGGCCGAUCGUCCUCGUCGGGAACAAGGCCGACCGAGAAGAUCUCCGUGAGGUGUCCUACGCCGAAGCCGACUUGCUGGCACAGACCUACGACGCGCUUUUCUUCGAGGCCUCGGCACGGACUCGCUUCAACGUCGAGCAGUGCGUUCUGGCGGCCACGUCACAGGAGGCGCCUGAGCGAAGGCAGGAAUGGCACCAAAAAAAGGUCGCGCGGCUGAAGGCCAAGGGCAAGAAGAUUCCUCCAAUCCCACCCAUGUCACCGGUGUCGUCGACGUACGGGCCGGACUUCUGGUCGCUGGUGGGCGAGCACAAGUGCAGCGACAUCGAAUUCGAGGUGGCCGGCGACAUCGUGCCCGCGCACUCGGUCGUCCUCAUAGCGCACAGCCCUCGAUUCAUGAAGAGCUUCGUCAGGGAGGGCCGCCGGCGGAAAGCGGUGCUCGGGGUGGACGAAGAAACGUUCAGGGCGGUCCUCGAUUGGAUCUACGCCGGCAUCUUUCCCAAACCCGAGUCGACAGAUAUGAGGGCGUACAUCAGGUUGUACAACGCGGCCGUCAAGCUGGGCGUGGAUAGCCUCGCCGCAGUCGCCAAGGCCUUUCUCCAGGGCCAGAAUUACAUCGAAGCCCACCGACAGUACGCGCCGAAAGGCGCCCUCGGCCUGUUCUUCAACUCGAAGAUGCUCAGUGACAUCACCGUCAUCAUCGAUGGCCGGGAGAUCCGCGCGCACAAGGCCGUUCUCUCCGCACGCAGCGUUCAAUGGCACGACAUCAUCGCCGACUACGAAGUGAACCAGGCCGCCGCCGCCAGCUAUUGGGACGGCAGUCAGCCCACGACACCGCGCACCAACAAAAACCAGUCUCUCACCCUCGUAGAACAGAGUGCGGCAGCCGGUGGUUACCACGCGCCGGCGAUCAUCUUCAUCACGCUCCUCCACUCGCCGUGCCUGCAGUCGACCGACAUCUUCCCCAACUCAGGGAUGACGCGCUCGGCCUCGUCGCCCACGCUCUCGCCCCACCACGCUGACUUCGAGGCCGGCGGCAAGAAGAAGACCAAAAAGAAGGACAAGGCCGCCGGCGACCUGCAGCUCUACGAUCUCUACCACCUCAUGCUCUCGUACAUGUACACGGACGAAGUCGAGAUAGCCGAGUCGUAUGCGCUGGAGCUGUUCCUGCUGGCACUGGACUACGAGGUCACGCACCUGGCCAACCUGGCAGCCCAGGUGGUGCUGGACUCGCUCACGGUGCAGAGCGUGGCGGGCGUCUACGAGAAGCUGGUCGGCAUCCACAAGUCGUCGAGCGUGCUCGGCGAGCUGCGGCGAAAGAUCGAACUGUGGAUCAGCUUUCGCUUCAAAAGCGUGGCCAAGACCAAGAUCAAGGCCGAGCUCAAACGAAACAAGAAGGCCGGCUUCUCUUCGUCGGUCAAGACGCCGAUGUCGCCCCCGGAGUCCACCACGGCCGCGGCCGCGGCGCCUCGCUCACCCCAGCGCGAGGGCGGCGGCAACAGCGGCGGCCUGCGCAAGAGCAGCGGCAACAGCAGCAAUAGCGGUAGCAACAGCGGAGACCUGUUGUCCACCGCCACGACGACGACCGCCUCCUCGACGCCGAACGGCAAGCGGCUCCCGCGCUUCCUCAACUCAUCCAUGCCGACCGUGCCCACGAACCGCUCGUCGUUCUUCACAUCGCCGCGCGCCACUGCGCCGGUCGACGAACCCGACGACGAGCUGAUCGAUCUCUACGAGUCCUACCAGGAGUACCAGUACGCCAAGAAGAUAGCAGAGGCCCGCUUGCCGGUCAUCGACCAGCGCAGAAAAUGGGCAAAGCAUAUCGGCGAUUAUCUCGCAUCACUCCAGGUCUCUGGUGAACAGUUCGGGAGCCUCAAUAUGGCGAACGGAUUUCCGCGUAAGGUGAUGUUCGUACCCGACGAGAUCACGGAAAUCAGCGACACGUUGAGGAAGCUCAAGCUCGACAACAACCUCCUCGGGAACGAUCCCAUCGUCGUCUACGACCGACAGGGCCGCGAGCAGGAGAAGAUCGAGCCCCUCUCGUUCGCCGGCAUGCGGUCGCUGAAGAUGCUGACCGACCUGUCGCUCAGCCAGAACAACCUGCACACCGUUCCUCGUUCCCUUUGCCAUCUUCGUUCGUUGACCAGCCUGAAUCUGUCGCUGUGCAACAUCACAGCCGUCCCCUCCUACAUCUGCUACCUGCAUGCCCUGGAGCGGCUCACCCUGAUCGGCAACAAGCUCACCCGACUGCCCGCGUCGUUGUGCUUGAUGCGGAAUCUGAAGAAGUUGGACUUGGCGUCCAACGAGCUGAGCGACCACAGCACGAAACCGGGCUACUUUCCCCACUCGCUCACCUCGCUCAACCUGACCAACAACCAAUGGAACUCAUUCCCUCUCGGCAUCGUCAUCAAAGCCGACAAGGAAGAGGAACGGCAGCGAACGAAGGAGGAGAUCGACCUCAAGAGCUCGGCCGAGUUCUUCCGCUUCCUGUCUCUGGGCGCCGACAUCCACCUGCCCAGCGUACUCUCGGGCGAAGCCGCACCAGGCCGGGUGACGACGGAGGAGGCCGAGCGGGCGCGCAGCGGGACGGGCGAGCUCUACAAGGCGCUGGGCAAGGGCGCCGACAAGUUCAUCCGCGAGCAGAAGAUCCAGCAGGAGCUCCUCCGCUUCGCCAAAGACGCCAUGAAACGGGAAAGAGAGGUGGAGAAGUCGAGGAAGCGGGCGAGCGGGGCCGACGACGACAAGGCGCUGGACGAGCGCGAGGACGUCAUCUUCCAGCGCCUGCUCAAGGUCGAGAGCGGCGACCUGGACAUCGAAGUGCGCCCGCUCGAGAACCUCGUGCAGCUCAACCUCGACGGGAACAACAUAUCGUCCCUGCCCGAGGAAAUCCAUCAGCUCUCGUCGCUGCGGUGCCUCCGACUCUGCGACAACUACGCCCUCCGAUCCCUGCCCGAUGGGCUGGCUCGCAUGCCGGACCUGCAGGACCUGGUGAUUCCCCUGGACCUCCCGCUUACCGUCAGGGAGGACCAGAUCCCCAUCUAUCAGCACAAGGUGUCGCCUUCCGUAUGGCGAACGUUGAUGGACUUCAUCGAAGUGCCCAUCCCUCACCCUCUCACACCUGUCACGGAAACCGAAAACUAA